CGCUGUCUGACUAAUGCUAAUGUUUAUCAUGAUCUGCCUAACCAAGACUAUGUGGAACUUUGACUAACAUAAAACAACAGGUGUGAAACAGGCGAGUACACCUGGAGAAAACGCCUCGCAAAAAAACGGGGGAAGUAGUGGAACAAUCCAGGUUAAUUAAUAAUUUGAAUCAAAACUAUUCUUACGUAGGUUAAAGAGGAGGGGAUAGUUGCAAUGAAAGGGAGGGACAAAAGUGGGACGGGCUUGUAUUGACCUAACAAGAACGGAACUAACCAUCAACAGAUAAAAAUUGAAAAUUACUUGGAAUACUCUUUGUCUGGGAACCCCAGAAAACAGUGGUCUUUUCAUAAUAGUACAUGCAGGACUGUGUUUUUGAAGAUAGAGUGGAUGUGGCUGCAGAUAAAGCGACAGGACAGGUUCCAGUCUAAUUCGAGAUCAGUGAUCAAGUCCAUGACUAUGGGUUAAUGUACAAAACCAAGAAGUGGUCGCGGUUUCAACACAAAAUAUCAGCCUUCAGUCAUCAGGCGGAAAAAUAUCAGCCUUCAGUCAUCAGGCGGAGAGUUGAACUACAGGACAGACGAAUCAUGCCUGGCAAAGUCAAAGUACAUGCAGGACUGUGUUUUUGAAGAUAAAGUGGAUGUGGCUGCAGAUAAAGCGACAGGACAGGUUCCAGUCUAAUUCGAGAUCAUUGAAAGUCCAUGGUUAAUGUACAAAACCAAGAAGUGGUCGCGGUUUCAACACAAAAUAUCAGCCUUCAUUCAUCAGGCGGAGAGUUGAACUACAGGACAGACGAAUCAUGCCUGGCAAAGUCAAAGGACUGAUGGACCGUCUGCAUGACGGCGAAUCAGUGGUCAUCGCGGAGGGAUAUUUGUACGUCUUUGAGCGACGCGGUUACUUGCAGGCCGGUUCUUUUGUCCCAGAGGUGGUGCUGGAAUACCCAGAGCUCCUUCGCCUGCAAUAUGAGGAGUUCUACCGGGCAGGGAGUGAUGUGGUCUUGGCCUUUACGUACUACGCUCAUCGUGAGAAAUUAUCGCUGAUCGAUCGCGAGGCAGACCUGGAGGAGAUGAACCGUACUGCACUGCGCAUGGCCAGGGAAGUCGCGGAUAAAACCGGAUCUCUCAUGGCCGGCAACAUCUGUAACAGCAACAUUUACGUUCCUAAUGAUCCGGACAUUACUGCCAAGAUUAAGAGUAUGUUUAAGGAACAGAUCGAAUGGGCCGUAGAAGAAGGUGCUGAUUUCAUUCUUGCUGAGACAUUCAGCGAUUUGGGAGAGGCAUUGUUGGCGCUGGAAGCAGUCAAAACAUACGGGAAAGGCCUGCCUGUCGUCGUCACCAUGGCAUGGCACAAGAACGAAGUCAACGGUCGGCCAGCCACGAUUGACGGUGUGGAAAUCUGUGAGACGUUUAAGCAACUGGAGGCGGCUGGAGCCGAUGUGCUUGGCCUGAACUGCGCCCGCGGUCCCACCACGAUGCUCCCGCUGAUGGAGGAGGUCAAGAAAUGCAUCAAGACGCCGUUGGCUGCCAUUCCAGUUCCCUAUCGAACGACUAAAGCGGAGCCCAACUUCCAGUCUCUGACAGAUCCGUUGUCUGGAAAACGUCUGUUCCCUGAAGAUCUGAACGCUGCGCUGUGCAGCCGCUCAGACAUCAAGGAGUUUGGUCGUCGUUGCCUGGAGCUUGGCAUACAGGUCAUGGGUGUGUGCUGUGGGAACGAGUGCCAUUACACCCGUACGUUGUGCGAGACCCUGGGACGCAAAGUACCAGCUUCGCGCUACUCCGCCGAUAUGUCCAAGCAUUACAUUUUCGGGACCAGCGAGAAGCUGUCUACACGCUACACAAGCGGAGAAGGCAAACAGCACACGGCCUAAGAUGAUUCAAUAUAAAAAAGAAUUAUGACAGUAAUUGAUAUUCAAGGCAUGCAACUGGGAAGUAACACAGAAGUGGAAAUUCAAAGCUUAAAGUUGUAAUGCCUUUAUUAGUGUGACGUGAAACACAAUAAUUCAGCUGAUCUGUUAGAAAUACUUUGCAUGCCUGUGAUAAUUGGCUUUCGAAACCAUCAGAGUUUUGAGGAACAAGAGUUUACGAAUAUUCAAAUUUCGCUUAAUAUAAAUAACUUCGGCCUUGAUUGUGCUCAGGACUCACAUUUUCGUGCCAAAAAUAUUCCAAACUAAUUAUUAUUGCCUCAUUUAUCAUUGAAAGUCGGUACAUUUUCUUUUCCGAACAAAAUUUAAAGGAAUCUAAUGUUCUGUAACAAACAAAAUAAAAUGUUUAACUUU